CAUCACCGCGAUGGCAUCCAUCCCAUCGGCUUUACAAACAAGCAGCCAAAACAUCUGCUGCACUCUGCCCUAUUAUCACUCUGUCGCCCAUCGGCACUUGCAGACUUGCUCAUUUUUGCGCACCACUAAGGUGCCUGAUGUCCAAGUUAUCGCAUUGAAGUACUAUAGUAACUAGCGGACGCGCGCGUGCGCGGGCGCGGAAAGGAAGUUUGGCCUCGGCGCGUGGGCGGGCUCGUUGGCACCAUGAAGCUGACGCGUGCACAAGCUCUUAAUGAGCUUGGUCUGGAUGAGUCGGCGUCGGAGGUCGAUAUCAAGAAAGCCUACAAGAAGCUGGCAUUGCAAUGGCACCCGGACAAGAAUGCGGACAAGGACGCCGCGACGCUCAAGUUCCAGAUGAUAUCCAACGCCUAUGCGCGGCUGUCGGCUCGCAACCACCCCGGCGACGACGACGACCUGGACGACCUGGAUCCAGACGACAUCUUUGAUGAGGACGACUUUGAAGAGUUCGCGGACUUCAUGCGGUCCGAGUUCUUCUACCGCAUGUUCUUCGGCGGGAUGGGCAUGAGCGGGGGGCGGCGGCGCGGCGGUGGCGGCGGUGGUGGCCCGGCGCACGUGUUCUUCUCUCCGGGAAUGGGCUUCGCCUUUGGCGGCAUGCCGGGCAUGGGCGGCGGCAUGUUCGGUGGCAUGCCCGGCGGCAUGUUUGGAGGACCCAGCGCCGGCAGCCGCGCGGCGUCGGGGCGGCGCCCGGGCCAACCGCGAGGCGGGCGCGGCGGCUCCUUCUACACAUACGACAGCGAGUCGGACGAUGAUGACGACGACUAUGAUGAGGACGAUUCGGGCAGCUACAGCACGAUGGACGACGAUGAGGAGGUGCGCGCCUACUACGAGGCGCAGCAGCGCGGAGCCAAGAACGCAGCGCGCAAGGAGGAGCGGAAGCGCCGCGCCAGGGAGGCCGACACGUUCUUUGCGCGCUCGGAGGAUGCCCGUCGCGCUGCCGCCGCCACCGCGCCCGACCCGGGUCUGGCGAAGCUGGCGGGCCAGCAGCUGCCGCGCCCCACCAACCCUGGCGGCGUGCGCAGUGACAGCAGCCUGCGCAUCAGCCUAGACCCGAAGAAGAAGGCCGAGCACUGGCUGGAGCGGAGGCAGAUCAAGUUCGAGCUCGAGUACCGGCGCGCUUCCGACCCCACGGCCGCGCCCAGCUCCUGGACAGUCCUGGCGUCGGACUCCACCGCCACCUUUGAUGUGACGGGGCUUGCGCCGGGCACUAAGUACGUGUUCCGCGGCCGUGCCGGCAUGUCGGUGCCGGCACCCGAUGGCAGGGGCUCAGUGCUGCAGUGGGGCAAGUACUCAGAGGAGAGCACCUUCGCCACGACCGGCAAAUCGCUCUCGGAGACGGCGCCGCCAGCAGCAGCGGCCGGAACCAGCUCAUGGCAGCCGGCGUCAGGCGCUCGGGCACGCGGCUCCAUCCCCGUUGCCCCGCCAUCUUCAGUUGCUGACGUGGCCGCCCGCGCCGCCGGCACCAACGCCACCUCCUUGUCUGAUGACGCGGGGCCGUCCACCAGUGGCCACAGGCACGGACAAGGCACUGGCGAGGACAGCAGCGGCAGCGGGAGAGGCGCAGCAGCAGGGGCCGCGGCCGCCGCGGGCGCGGUCGGGAAGAAGGAGAACAAGAAGGGCAAGGGCGGGAAGGGCGGCGGCCGGGCAGAGGAGGAGGCGGAAGGCGCUGGCAAGGUGGACUCUAAAUCGAGGGAACAGCUUAUGCAAAAGGACGCCGAGGGGCGCCGGCGCGAGGAGGAGCGGCAGCGGCGGGCGGAGGAGAAGAAGCGCGCCGAGGCGGAGAAGGAGGCGGCAAUGCGUGCAGCCAUGGAGGCGGCGGCGGCCGAGUACGAGCGCUCCGUGCGCGAGGCGGCGGCAGCAGCGGGCGCGGGGGGCAACGGCGGGGUCACAGGUGCCGGCAAGGGAGGGGCGGCAGGCGGCAAGAAGGGCGGCGCGGCAGCGGCUGGUGGCGGCAAGCAGCAGACGGAGGCGGCGGCCGCGCCUUCCAAGCCAGCUGCAGGGCCAGCACCACCGUCCGCAGCCGCGGCGGGUGCGGCUGCGAGCAAAGGGGCUGGCGGCAAGGCCGCGAAGCAGGCUCAUGCCGCGGGGCCAGGGAAGGGCUCCCAGCAGCAGCAACAGCCGCUGCAGCCCCCACAGCCGCCGCAGCCGCAGCAGCGAGGGCCGCCGCCGCACCCCAAGCCGCAGCCAGGCGCCGGCGGCAAGCCGCACGCAGCAGCAGGCUCAAGCGUGCUGCCGUCCGCGCCGCCACCACCUGGGCAACGCUCAGCACCGCCGCCUGGACACACGCCAGUUUUUGCUGGUGGUCGGGGGGUCGGCGCCGCUGCUGGCGGACGGGGCACCGGGCCGGCCGCCGGGCGAGGCUACCGCGGCCCGCCGCCACCCCCCGCACCGCGGGGUCGGCCCAGCCCGGCCGCGGCGCCCGCAGCGGGGCCCCCGCGCCGUCUUGCGGACGACCUGGAUCUGGAGCUGGAGAUGGCCAUCGCCGCCAGCCUGCAAACCGCGCAGCAGGAGGGCUUCAGCGAUCUGAUCGACCCGGACACGCUCGCGGCCGUGAACGCGGCCGCACACGGUACCCCUGGGCCUCAGGGCGCCUACGCCGGCGCCGGGGGCAGCCGAUCUGCCACGGCGCCGCCGCCCAGCCUUGGCUCACACAACGCCUUCCCAUCGCUGUCGCCCACUGGCGCUGGGGCAGGUGCGUCCUCGGGACACAACAGCUCCAGCCCGGUAGGCGGCACUGCCGCUGCCGCCGACUUCGGCGCAAAGCCCGGUCGGCCUCCGCAGGGUGUCCAGCAGCAGCAGCAGCAGCAGCAGCCGCCACGGCAGUCAUGGAACCCUGCCAGUGCGGGCUCCGCGGCGGCGGCAAUGCCCGCCCCAUUCCCAGCGGCGCCUGCCGCGCCCGCGCCGCAGGCGAUGCCACAGCCGCAGCUGCCGCCGGCGGCCGCGUCGGCGCCCACGGGGCCGCGGGCAUACCCUCUGACCGCGCCGCUGGCUUCGGCAGCGGUCCCCGUAUCCACAGGGAGUGGCGCUGCGGUCGCGAGCCCGGCCAUGCAGCUGCCGUACGGGUUGCCGUACGGGCUGCCAGUGGGUGGCGCCGGUGCCAACCCGCAGCGGCCUGCCCCAUCGGCGCCUGUGUCGGUGCAGGUGCCGGCGCAGAUGUCGGCGCAGGCGUCGGUGCCGGUGCAGGUGCGGAUUCAGCAGCCUGGUGUGCCCGCCGUGUCGCAGGCUCCUUUGGCGGCCGGUGCCGGGGCAUCGGCAGCCAUGGGGCUCGGCUCAGGGGCUGAAGCAUCGGCUGGAGGCUUCGCUGCGGACAUGGCGGCGCGCAACGUAGCCAUGUUCGCGAGUCGUUUCGGGCUCAACAGCAACAGCAACGGCAACACCAAUGGUGCAGACGGCGCUGGUGCUGCCAUGGCGGCCGCACCGGCGGGACCAGCGCUAGCGACCGCGGGGUAUGGAGCGGCGUAUGCGUCGUGGAGGUCAGGUGCGUACGGCUAUAAUCCAACGGCAGCAGCAAGCGAGGCUGCGGCAGGCGAUGGCAACAGCAGCACUGCCACCGGCACCAGUGGCAUGGGCGGGCUGGGAUCCUGGGCGCCAAAUGGCGGCGGCGCCGGUGCCGGCAACGCCGGCCUGGGCGCGGGGUUGCCUGCUUCCGGCUAUGACAGCAGCAGCCUGUGGGGCGGCACCGGCGCCAGCAGCGCGCAGGGCGCUGGUCUCGGCGCGGACAUGUCCAUGUUCGGUGCCGCGGCCGGUGCGGCGGGGGGCAGUAGUGGUGCCACGUUGGGAGGUCUGGGCGGCGCGGGUACGGCGUAUGGCACUGCUCCCGCGGCCACUGCGGCUCAGCCGACGGCAACACGUGCGCUUGUGGCGAAUAUGCUGGGGCAGCAACAGUCCCAGCAGCAGUUGCAGCAGCCGGUGCAAGUGCAGGCGUUCAAGCCGCAGGUCCAGUCGCAGCCGCAGCAGGUGCAAGUGCAGGUUACAUCGACUGCGAUGCCGUCGCAUCUGCAGGCCCACAUGCAGCGCCUGCAACAGAUGCAGCAACAGCAGCAACAGCAACAGGCCGCCGGGGCACAGGGCCAGUACCAUAACCUCUACCAGCCCUCCGCCUACCCGUCAGCAUCCGCUGCAGCCAGCCCCUACACGCAGCAAGCCUACACGCAGCAACCACAGGCUUACUCGCUGCAGCAGCAGCAGCACCAAUCUUACACGCAGGAACAGCCACAGCAGCAAGCGCAAGUGACGCAAGAGCAGCCCUACGGUACGGCAGCAAAUCCGUACAACACGUACGGCAACGGGGCGAGCCGGGCAGCAGGCGGCUCGGAUGCGGCGGCGUCAGCGUCCGCGGGUGGCUGGGGCCUCACGAACGAGCAGAUGCUGGCUUAUGCCAGCAUGUACUCUGCGCAGCAGUCCCAGCAGGCGCAACAGCAGCAGCAGCAGCAUCAGCAGCAGGGAGGGCUGAGCCAGGGCUGGUCUGCAAUGCAACAGUAUUAGCGCGCCGGUGAGGAAGGACGAGGAGGAGGUAGCAGUGGAGGUCUGAGUGACAUAGGUGGCGCCCCAGCCGCCCCUGCUGCCGAGUACAAGCGGUAAAUGUGCAGGAUGUCGCUGGGUGGCUGAGCGCCUGGCGCAGUUGUAAUGCGCUGUUAUUGCGGUAGACAGGUCGUGGACGGGAACACGUGUAUUGUAAACAAUACAGAUGGUUGUUACGGUUGAACCGCAUCCUGAUCUCUGUUGCCAAGCGCUUUACGCAACCCCUGCGCCUACAGAAGAGGCAAUAUCUCGGCGUUGAUACGUGUGCCUCAAUUCGCCAGUUGCUUGUCGCCUCGGUCCUGCCCUCUGGCGCCCUUUGCAGCCCCUACCGUACAGUCCGUACUGGACUACAAGGAGGCGUGCUGUGACCUGCGGGGCUACAAACGCCAGCCUGAGGUUGAGAUUGUGGCACAGUAAUGCAGAUGUGCCGGGUGUGCCAAGGGGCCCACCGGCAUGAUCGAGGCCACGCUCGAGACGGCCCGAGUCCU